AACAAAAUUUGAAUGCACACAAGACACUAAGGAAAGUCCGUCCGGCAAUCCGAUUAAAUUCAAAGGAGUUCCUUUGAAAAAUUGUCAAAUGUUGUAGGGUCCUCGGAUACCUGGCAACAGAAAUGGAGCUCGGAAGAGACUUCAUCAAAAGGACGUUAGAAUUGUCACGAUGCCAAUAAUCAAGAAGUUUUGCUUUUGUUUUAGUCUACGAAUUGGCGCAUUUUCAAUUGCGUAUGCAGGUCUUACAAUGGAUGUAUUAGAUACAGUAGCGACUAUAUAUACGAAGUCGCAAUAUUGUGCGGAUAUACUCCUACUCUGGAUAAUUUCCACCAUUUGGAAUAUCAUUUCCGCAUUGGUUCUUUUGACUGCACUUUUUCGGGAAAAUCCGCAUCUGUUGCCGGUCCACCUGGUGACUUCUCUUUGUGGCCUGAUUCUCGAAAUGACCAACCACAUGGUGAUUGCCUCACUCGGCAAAACCGACUACGUUUUGAUGUCCUAUGCGUUCGUUAUGAUUGCCUUUGUAUCUGCGGACGUCGUGAUCGUGCUGAGCUACUACCAAUCGGAGGUUUAGUGGACCACUCCGAUUACCCAUUAACCCAGGCGACCGACCGGGCGCAGCAUGUAGCAUUUUGUGGUGCGCGAUUAGGCGCGAAAAUUUAUUUGGAAAAUGUUGCGCAAUCCGCGCCGUGCAUAAAUCGUGGCCAAUUGUCACCAGCGGAUUGGCAACCGAACCUCAGCGACCUGCGUUUAAUUAUCGCCCCGCCAGCGCCCGCCGAGCUACAUGCGUGCUAAUUGACCAGGCUGAAGCUCAACGCUGCUCCAAUCCGAAUCCGAAUACGAAUCCGACUCCGAAUCCCAGUCCAAGUCCCAGUCCCAGUCCAAAUGUCCAAAUGAUAACCGCGACGAUGAAAACGCAUGCUGAGCCAAAUGAAAAUUAUGUUGCAAUGGGGCAGGCGUGCUGCUCGCUGGCUGGUCAGUGAACCGCAGUUUGCACCACCAUCCAUCCAUGGGGCUUAAUUAAUUUCCUUGAUUAAUUGAAAGUGCGCCUUGCUCGCAGUAUUUUCGUUUUUUGUCUUGUUUCAUUUUUUAUGUUUAUUUCUGGGCCAUGGUAUGUUUAUGUGUAUUUUUGGCAGUGCAAAGUUGAAGGCAAUAAGAAAAAUCGCCCCGGA